CAAAAUAGACAGGUGGGAUUACAUCAGAUUAAGGAGUUUCUGCACAGCAAAGGAUACCGUAAUUAGUGUCAAUUGACAACCUGCAGAAUGGGGAGAAUUUUUGUUAACUGCGUCUCAGAUAAGGGACUGAUAAUCAGAAUACACAGGGAACUCAAGCAGCUUACCCAGAGAAAAUGAUUAUUCCAAUUAAAAGAUGGGAAAAUGGCUUUCUGUGCAGACAGCAGGCCCGCAAGCAUGGCAAAUGUCCCUAAAACCCGCCAGACCUUUAGUAAGAAGUAUAGCAAGCACCAACUUCAUAAAGCGACACAGUACAAAAAGGGCAAGGAUUCUCUGUAUGCUCAGGGAAAGCGGCAUUAUGACAGGAAGCAGAGUAGCCAUGGUGGGCAGAUUAAGCCCAUUUUCCAGAAAAAGGCAAAAACUACAAAGAAGAUUGUGCUGAGGCUUGAAUGUGUUGAGUCUAACUGCAGAUCUAAGAGAAUGCUGGCUAUUAAGAGAUGUAAGCAUUUUGAACUGGGAGGAGAUAAGAAAAAGGGUCAAGUGAUCCAGUUCUAA